UGCCCGCCCUCUCCUCCUCCGAAACAUAACGCCGCCACCACCGCUCAUGCCCGCGCUUCCCCGCCGUCGACGCUGCCUACCGUUCGCCCUCGCCGACCUCGCUGAUGCCACCGACGGCGGAUGAGGGACUGCAAUCGCCGCAGGAGUCGGAUUCCGAGCAGCAAUCGCAGUCACCCAUCGCUGUCCACAAGAGACGUUUUGGCAAGUCGCCGCUAUCGUCCAUUUCAUCGCUGCCCUAUCGCCGUUCCAAUGCCUCGCUGUCCAACCUCUUCACCUCGACCACCGCGCUGCCUACAGGCUCGCCGAGCCAGUCCGGUAGAUCGACGCCGGUGACAGAGAGAGUAAAUGGUUCCGUCUUUUCGCCCACUGGUUCGACAGUGCGAUCGCCAUCGCCAGCGCCGUCAGGUCAGAUCGUCAGCAACGAUGUUCGCGACUUGAUUCUGCGAGCCUUUGCGCCGCAUGUGUCCGUGCUCGCCUCGCAAGAUACCGACGAGCUUGUAAGGCAUAAAGGAAUCGCUGGUGGACUUCUUGAUCUCCUGCGGCCUUUCGGCGAGCAAAUACAAGGCAAAGUCACCAUCCGAGACAGCACGGGCAUCAGCAAGCUUCAUGACGACUUCUCCGUGCGCUUCGUUGGCGUCAGAGAUGGGUUGGAGAACCCGCGGAACCCCGAGCGUAAGAGCACCGAAUCUGCGACUAAACCACAAGGUCAUAAACGAGGUGUAUCGCUGCUUGAAUACAAGCCUGCCCGAUUGCGAACCGGAGGAGAUGUGGGCCAGAUAGAGGAACUGGUAGAGCGGCAUCUGACCUUCUACGAGGAGAAUUCGGGUCCGAUCGAGGCCAGCUAUAUGACACUCAAAGAUACGGCAGCGGUGCCUGAUGCGCAUGCGACAUCCCCAUUCUACACCUUGUACUUGCGUCGCCUGCUUUCCGGCUUACCGAUGGUACCUUCUGAGACCUUUUCGCAUCCAGUUGCGUCGGUGAUUGCCAUAUCAUCGCGGUCACCAUCGCCCAUUGAGGAGUUGCGGAACUUGUAUGAUUCUUCGAAUAGUGGUGAGCACCGGCUACCACAGUGGGUUCACAAUGAGUUUUUACGAUACUAUGUCUUGAUACAUGACGAGGACUACGACGACAUUACGAAAUCCAUGGCAUUGUAUGAUCAGAUGAAGAGGCAUUUUGGCCUGCACUGCCAUCUUUUGCGACUGCGUAGUACGCAGUGUGUACCUUCGGACGAUGACAGUGUGCGGCUACCCCCAGUCGAGUGGACCGCGGCUGGAGAAGAGCUUGCGGAAAUUGUAAGACGAGAAACGAGCGAGGAUGAGGAGGAUCCGACGCCUUAUAUCUUCGAAUCUGACGCAACUGCACUCCGGGCAUUCGUCCGGGAGAUGGUAACACAAUCUAUUAUUCCCUCAAUGGAGCGAGCAUCAGCCACCUGGAACGAUCAAGUGGCUUCUCGCAGACGAGGCAUCAGCGGCAGAUUCAUGUCUAUGUCAAAAAGGUUCACCGCUUUUGGCGGAGGUCGUAAUUCCUCGACGCCUUUGCUUGGAGGCGCGAGCAGCAAUUAUGACAGCUUGCAGGGAUUCUAUCGACCCGAGGCUCCGGAGGCUGUGAUGCGGAAGCUUGCAGACUACUCAAUUAUGCUGCGCGACUUCAAGCUUGCGCACUCCACGUACGAAAUUCUUUGCCAGGACUUCAAGAAUGACAAAGCGUGGCGACAUUACGCUGGCGUCAAUGAAAUGGCUGCCGUGAGUUUGCUAUUGGCCACAAGUGUGAACCACAAAAUCCGCAUAGAAGGCAUCGACCAGUAUUUGGAGACCGCGUAUUAUUCGUAUGUGACACGAGUCGGAGCACCCUACAAUGCGUUGCGAACUCUUGUUCUUGGGAUGGAACUUUUGAAGAUGCGAAGUGGCAACGCGUUGGAUGAUGCAGCUCGCUGGGCGAAUCGCAUUCUGGACGAUCGUCUUGUAGGGACCAUCGGUCAUGCUCUGCUGACCGAACGAAUCGCAGCAUGUUUGAACGAUCGCAGGGCCGUUGGCGGCCUGCUGGGUAUUGAUAGGCGCCGCAAAUCAGCUUUUUGGAACACCCUUGCGGCAGACGCCUGGCUGCGACUCGAGAAGUCAUCCCAAGCUGAUCGGUGUCUUACGGAGUCCCUCCGCUUAUAUGGCCUGGAUCACAAGGAAAGCUCGAUGGGUUUCGACAACAUGACUGCAUUCCUUCUAUCACUUCAGGAAGCUGUCUCUGAAAAUCGCGGGGGAGUGCACCACUUGGAUGAGGAUGACCUGGUCGACGAUGCCGAGCCUAUGCAGGAGGAAAGCGAACAGCUCGUCCAGCAGCCCACGUCUGCGGCCGCCGGGCAUGGCCAUAGAAAGAGCUUGAGCACAAGCGGACCGCCCAUGGGCACUCUGGGACAUGCUCAUGCGCAUAGAAGGAGUAUAAGUACAGGGGCGCCUCCGCCAGUCGCUGCAUCUUUUGAUCCUCUUGGUGCAGUGCCCACUGUGUACGAACGCAGCGAACCCGGGCAACUGAACCCGCCUGGUAUGGGUGACCUGCCUCCUCCGCCGUUAAGCCCCGUCCUUGAAAGGAGGGAGAAGCAGAGGUCCGACGGGUUUGAAUGAGUUUACUUCUUGAGAGACGAUGGACUUUUUGAAACUUAGCGUGGCGUGGGGCGUUGGCGGGGACUUUGAGCGCAGUGGCAUAGCAUAUGAUACACACGGAUCCUCUUCGUCGACUUUUGUACACUGCUUCAUUUUAGCAUGCCUUUACCUCUCCGAGCCUGAUGGCAGGUACCUUUGCCUUAUUGCACGCGCC